CCGUCUCAUGGCCGUAUCUAACUGCAGGGAGGCUGGGAAAUUUGAUCUAGCGUGUGUUCAGGAAGAAGAAGAGAACAUGGAUUUUGAUAUCCCCCUGCUGCCCGGCUCCCCACGCCGGCUGAGCCCUCGGGCAGUGGCCAGAGGGGGCCAGGGCCCCAAACAUGGACAGCAAAACCUCAAGGUGCCGGGUCCCCGAGCCCCGGGGCUGCCGGGCAGUUCCAACCAAGAUUCUGAGCAGCUCUUCGGUGGAGGGAGCUCCCACAGCUGCUCUGUCAUCAACAACUACCUGGAUGCCAAUGAGCCAGUGUCCUCGGAGGCCCGCCUGAGCCGCAUGCACUUCCAUGACAACCAGAGGAAGGUCGACUACGUGCUCGCCUACCAUUACCGGAAACGUGGUGCGCACCCCAGCCACGGCUCCCCCGGCCACUCACUGGCUAUCGUCUCCAAUGGGGAGACAGGCAAGGAGCCCCAUGCUGGGGGCCCUGGCGACAUUGAGCUGGGCCCGCUCGAUGCCCUGGAGGAGGAGAGGAAGGAGCAGCGGGAGGAGUUUGAGCACAAUCUGAUGGAGGCCGGGCUGGAGCUGGAGAAGGACUUGGAGAGUAAAAACCAGGGAUCCAUCUUUGUCCGGAUACAUGCCCCGUGGCAGGUGCUGGCCAGAGAGGCAGAAUUCUUGAAGAUCAAAGUUCCCACCAAGAAAAUGUACGAGAUCAAAUCAGAAGGUAGCAUUGCGAAGAAGUUCAACGAGAUCCUGAAGAGGCUGAGUUCGCCCCUGAAGCCCAGAGUUCCAGACCACAGUGACAACAAGAUGAAAAACCUCUCCUACCCAUUCUCCAGGGAGAAAAUGUACCUGUACAACAUCCAGGAUAAGGACACCUUCUUUGAUAAUGCCACUCGUAGCCGCAUUGUGCACGAGAUUCUGAAGCGCACAGCCUGUUCUCGAGCCAACAACACAAUGGGCAUUAACUCGCUGAUAGCAAACAACAUCUAUGAGGCUGCCUACCCUCUUCAUGACGGUGAAUAUGAUAGUCCAGGUGAUGACAUGAAUGACAGAAAGCUGCUGUAUCAAGAAUGGGCACGCUAUGGAGUGUUUUAUAAGUUUCAACCUAUAGACCUCAUCAGAAAGUAUUUUGGAGAAAAAAUUGGACUGUAUUUUGCCUGGCUGGGGUUAUAUACGUCAUUCCUCAUCCCGUCUUCUGUGAUUGGGGUGAUUGUGUUUCUUUAUGGAUGUGCAACAAUUGAAGAAGAUAUUCCCAGCAAAGAGAUGUGUGACCAGCAGAAUGCCUUUACCAUGUGUCCCCUUUGUGACAAGUCCUGUGAUUACUGGAACCUCAGCUCAGCCUGUGGUACGGCACGAGCCAGCCACCUGUUUGACAACCCUGCCACUGUCUUCUUCUCCAUCUUCAUGGCUCUGUGGGCUACCAUGUUUCUCGAAAACUGGAAGAGAUUACAGAUGCGACUGGGCUACUUCUGGGACCUGACUGGUAUAGAAGAGGAACAAGAACACUCCCGGCCUGAGUAUGAAACCAAAGUUCGAGAGAAAAUGCUAAAGGAAAGUGACAAGUCAGUUGUCCAGAAACUGGGAGCCAAUACGACUGAGAGUGAGGAUGAGGAUGAUGAAGAUAAGCUGACCUGGAAAGAUCGUUUCCCAGGUUACUUGAUGAACUUUGCCUCCAUCUUGUUCAUGAUUGCCCUGACGUUCUCGAUUGUCUUUGGGGUCAUUGUGUAUCGGAUCACCACUGCAGCUGCUCUGUCUCUCAACAAGGCCACUCGCUCCAAUGUCCGGGUGACAGUGACAGCAACGGCGGUUAUCAUCAACCUCGUGGUCAUCCUCAUCCUGGACGAGAUCUAUGGUGCCGUGGCCAAGUGGCUCACCAAAAUCGAGGUUCCAAAAACAGAACAGACUUUUGAAGAGCGUCUGAUACUCAAAGCUUUCUUGCUAAAGUUUGUCAAUGCCUACUCGCCCAUCUUCUACGUGGCCUUUUUCAAGGGGAGGUUUGUGGGCAGACCUGGAAGCUAUGUUUAUGUGUUUGAUGGUUACCGCAUGGAAGAGUGUGCUCCAGGGGGCUGCCUCAUGGAGCUCUGCAUUCAGCUCAGCAUCAUCAUGUUGGGAAAGCAAUUGAUCCAGAACAACAUCUUCGAGAUCGGAGUCCCGAAGCUAAAGAAACUAUUUCGGAAGCUGAAAGAUGAGACAGAACCUGGAGAAACUGAUUCUGCCCAUUCAAAGCAUCCAGAGCAGUGGGACCUAGACUACAGCUUAGAACCAUACACUGGACUGACUCCAGAGUACAUGGAAAUGAUCAUCCAGUUUGGUUUCGUCACCCUCUUUGUGGCCUCCUUUCCUCUGGCACCUGUCUUUGCCCUACUCAACAACGUCAUUGAAGUGAGACUUGACGCAAAGAAGUUUGUUACCGAGCUGAGACGGCCAGAUGCUGUGAGAACCAAAGACAUUGGGAUCUGGUUUGACAUUCUCUCCGGAAUUGGCAAGUUCUCUGUUAUCAUCAAUGCUUUUGUCAUUGCCGUCACCUCCGACUUUAUCCCCCGCCUUGUGUACCAGUACACCUACAGUCACAACGGGACUCUGCAUGGCUUCGUCAACCACACCCUCUCCUUCUUCAAUGUCAGCCAGCUGAAGGAGGGAACGCAGCCAGAAAACUCACAGUUUGACCGGGAAGUUCAGUUCUGCAGGUUUAAGGAUUACCGAGAGCCGCCAUGGGCCCCGAACCCAUAUGAGUUUUCCAAACAGUACUGGUCCGUUCUGUCUGCCCGUUUGGCAUUUGUCAUAAUCUUCCAGAACCUUGUGAUGUUCCUGAGCGUCCUCGUGGACUGGAUGAUCCCGGAUAUCCCCACGGACAUCAGCGACCAGAUCAAGAAAGAGAAGAGCUUGUUGGUGGACUUCUUCCUGAAAGAGGAGCAUGAGAAGCUCAAGGUGAUGGAUGAGCUGGCCCAGAGGAGCCAGGGAGGGGGGCAGCACAGCAGGAGGAGCCGGGCCGCCAGCUCGGCACCCUCAGGCUGGAGCCAGCCGGGCAGCCUCGCGUCGUCUGGUUCUCAGCACACCAACGUGUGAGCGAGCCUGCCUCGCUGCCGAGGGGGCGCUGCAGCAGUGAGAGACCAUGCACAAGCACGUCAGUGCACCCACACUGGUGUGGUGUCCAUCCGCCAGUCUGCUUGGAUCUGACCUGAGGGGGUCUUGAAGCGGGUGUGUGUGAAGAGAGAGACAGAGGAAUUAGAGAGAGCAAGCGAGAGAAUGAGCACAGGAAGGAAGAGAAAUGAUGCUGCUUCUCAGAAACUCGAAGCUUAAGUUUCUUGUAGGUCCUCUUUUGAGCUGUAUCCUUUUGGGAGUUUGGUACCCUUUUUUGAGUCCAUCAGUGAAAGAACUGGGUCUCUCUAGCCCAGAGUUCCCAGGCGCCAGGACCCUUCCCUGUGUCCCUUCAGGUACCCUCUCAUCAGAUGGCCACAGGCUAUGAGAGGGCCCUGUUCUAGCACCCAUUGUAAGUGAUCACCGCCCGCUUCCCACCAUCACCCCAAGAAAACCCUCUGUGUCACCUGCUGCUGGGGCUGUCACAGCCUCAGUGGAUGCACCUUAAGUCACAGGGCUGAUUGCUGUGGCCACUGGACCUGAUGGUGAGUAACAAAUGUCUAAACCUGGCCUGGUCUCCAGUUCAUGUCACCAGGAUGCUUUGAGCUAAAGGGAACUAACCAUCAUUUUAUGCAG